AUUCUUAUGCUAGAUGUAACCUUUGUUUCUAACAAAACUUAACUACAUAAGCUAGACCUACAUACAUACAUAUGUAGGUAGAUGGGUAGAUAAGAUACAAAAGGCGCUUGUAUGAACGAGUGAUGGCACAUAUUAUCGAAUAGUGUAAUUCAAUAUAGAAGCGUUUACUAAGUAAAUAUAAAAUGAAGGAAGUGAAUUUCAAAAUAAGGCUUCAUUAAACUUUCGUUAGUUUUCUUAAAAACCUCCCAGUGAUUUAUGAAAGACCUACAUAUAUAUGCAUGUAUGUAUGCUGAUCUUAUUACGAGUAAAUAUAAUUUUGUGUUAAUGAGAGCCCUCCAGUAUGGCGUAUCACAAUUCGAAUGGAGGUGCUAUUGGAGGCAAUAGCGCAGUUGGUGGUAGUUCUCGCGGCAUUGUUGGUGAAAUGGGUUCCACUGAAUAUUCCGGUGACGAACGGGACUCGCGGACUGGCGAAGAAAGUCUCAAUACUGAUCUUAACGACAAGCCCAUAUAUCUCCUCGAACAUUUAGCUACCUUUACGGUGAAUAAGGAAUCCGGUAUUGUUUAUCCGGCAGACGGAAUGCGGCGGCUAUUACAGUUAGAGAAAACCACUGGCAUAUGGUCACAGAAAAUGCAGUUAUGUUUGGACCACCAAUGGGUGCUUAUAAUGGACUACGAAACUGGGAACAUAAUUGAACGAUUUCCAGCAUCACUUAUUCAGGAACCAACAGCAUUUACGUCAACAGAUACCAUGGAAUUAUAUAAUAAUAUUUUAGUAUUCAUUGUAACUGGCGGAAAUGGUUCACGUUCGGAAAUGCAUAUAUUUCAGUCACAAAGUGUAUCUGCCGUGCAUUUGGUUGAAGACUUAAAAAGUCUGAGAAAUGGCAAAAUGGUUACACAACACCGAGAGGAUUUAUUGCAACAACAAGAGACACAACAGUAUCAGCUCAGUCAAAAAAGCGGUGCUUUAUCUAAACCAUUGUCUGCCUGCACUGUCUUACAAGAUCGUAGCGAGCAGCACCCUCACCACCACAGCGGUAGUGUUAUUAUGCCGUCCCGAAACGGUAUGGAUCAAUAUGGAUUACAUAUCCGUAGUCAUAUGGCAGAAAGUAAUCACACAAGUGGAGGCGGGGGCAGGAAUUGCGAAACAGAUUCCGAGCAGGGAGCACUAAAUGACGAAACCAGCUCCACUUCCAGUGACAAAUACGAACGCGAUGUUACUGUAUUGAAUCAUUGCUUUGAUGACAUUGAAAAAUUUAUCGCACGUCUGCAGCAUGCGGCUGCGGCAUCUCGUGAGCUCGAGCGUAGACGGCGUAAUCGCAAAACAAAGAAAAAAGAUCCCGGUGAGGGAUUACUAACACUCCGGACUCGACCACCCCACGAAAAAGAGUUUAUCGAUAUUUUUGCCAAAUUUAAACUUUCUUUCAACUUGCUGGCCAAGUUGAAAGCACAUAUCCAUGAUCCAAAUGCACCCGAGCUGGUUCAUUUCUUAUUUACGCCUUUAGCACUAAUCGUUGAGGCGUCCAGUGACACUUAUUAUGAGUCCCAAUUGCCCGCACGUGUUAUCACUCCAUUGCUUACCCGUGAAGCCAUUAAUCUAUUAAUUAACUGUGUCACCAGUAAAGAAACUGAACUAUGGCGCUCUCUUGGCGAUGCUUGGAUUAUACCGCGCGACCAAUGGAAAAAUGAUAUUGGCUCAUACCAUCCAGUAUUUAUGGAUGGAUGGUCUCCAGACUUUUUAGUCAUCGAUGAAUUAGAAACACCUAGUACGCCAACAAACAUUAACAGGCGCCAGUUGGAGACUCAAACACAUUUGCAUGUUGCCAAUGUGCCCAGCAUUGGCGGUGUGAACGAACGUUCACUUGGAGCUAUUAACAAUUUAAGCAGUGCAACCCUACAAACAGAACAACCCGAUGAAUAUGAAAUGAGUGCACCAAGUGAAAAGUAUUCUGGUCAUUAUGAACGUGGUAGCGAAAGACUAGUUGCAGUUGGCGUAAUAGGAGGCGUCGCUGAUGGUGGUCCGGGCGAUUUCAGUACACGUAGCGAAAUUUCUAUUGACUCGAUUGAACGAAGUGGUGCGGGUCCACAGAGUUUACCAGUGAACAAUAAUACUCAUAUCCAAGAAAUCUCAAUCGGUAUGCAACAAUUGCGCACACGUGACACUAGAAAUACACUCGGCGUUCGCAAUAUAAAUACGGUUUCCGAAUUCUCUGGUCGUGAUAACACUAUCAAUGAUGAGCAAAUGCUAGAGUCGUGGGUUGAAGACUUGCAAGCGGCUGGUGCUAAAAUCGUGCUAGUCACAUAUCCCCGGACGGCCAACAAUGAUAAAGAGCUUAGCGUCGUGCGUGGUGAAUAUUUGGAGAUCUUAGAGGAUACCCGUAAAUGGUGGAAGGCGCGAAAUAUACAAGGUCAGGUGGCUCAUGUUCCACACACAAUUGUUACGCCAUAUAACUACGGUGACGAGUCUAAUAGCAAUCAAUUCUAUGGGCAACAACAAGUUCAAUCACAUCAGCAAGGGAAUAACUAUACCCAAGCAAGGAAUGCAGCAGAUACACUAUUAAGUGAUAAUAUCGAAGCGCACCGAUCACAGGACACUACCGAUUGGAUUCGUAAGAAGCAUCUGGGUAAGAAAGGAGAGUUCAGAUAUUUUUAAUAUGCUGCAUCAUAUCAACAUGUGUACACAUAUCGCUCCUUCUUCACUGCGUCUUUGGUGUUUUUAUCUAUAACUUUGUUUAAACAAGUAAACUAAAAUUUUAAUUUUAUUUUAUGUUUAGAGUGUGUGACUUAAUGUAGUUGCCAAUAUCAGGUUAUGUUGUAUUUUUGAUGAGUUUGCUGAGUACAUUACAACACACUGAAUAUCAAAAAAUUCAAAAAAAAAACAAAACUUAUUAGAUUUAAGUAUUUCUUUUUUAUUAUAUAUUAGAUAAGUAACGAAUCUCUUAUUUCUUUGUAAAACCAUAAAAAGAGACUAAACAAUGGCGUAUUGAAGCCAAGAAAUUUAUUUAUAAAUCGUGUAUGAACAAACUUCCGAAUCGAUGUUCAGCAAUUUUUAUUAACUGAAAAAGAGUAAAACUUUCGAGAAAAUAUUACAAAGUUAGGAGCAAUUGUAAAUUGUUUAUGUUAUGCUAGUUUUUUCAUUAAUGUGGUACAGUUUUGCUGAAAAUAAUUAAAGACCAUAGACUACGUAUCUCGAAAAAUGAUAAUACCUAUGUAGAUCUAUCAGCUUUUACCAAGAAUAUAACAAACAGUGAAAGUA